AGAAUAGCUUGCCUCGCGCAUAUGCAAUAAUUUCAGCACUUCUUACAUGUGCUAUGUCUCUAAUCUCGGACUUGACAGCUUACUUUCUUCGAGUACUUACCAGCUUUACAAGAGCCGGUACUCCGGCCGCUCUUACAAGUGAGUCUCCCAAGUGCCGUUUCCGUUUGGACAAUGACAGUUCGGACACCAUUACCCUCCCAGAUGGACGAAAGCUCGGUUACGCACAGUAUGGUUCGAAGGUGGGGCGGGCUAUCUUUUACCUACAUGGCCUUCCAGGCUCUCGCAUCGAAGCUGCCGCAUGGGACGAACUGGGCCUGAAAUUAGGUGCGCGUAUUAUCGCUGCGGACAGACCUGGCAUAGGUUGGAGCUCACCCCACCCGGGUCGAACACUCCUUGGUCAUCCGGAGGACUUGGAAUACCUUGCAAAGCAUCUCGAGCUGGAGGAGUAUGGGGUAUUGGGAAUAUCAGGAGGUGGGCCAUAUGCACUUGCUUGUGCAAUGUCAUUACCUUAUGCAAAACUCAAGUGUGUUUCGAUCGUCUGCGGGCUGGGGCCGCCUGACAUCGGUAUGAGAGGGGCGAAUUGGUGGCACUGGCUUGGAUUCACAUGGGGAUGGCGUUACAGUCCCCUCAUUUUCAUCCGCUGGUGGUUGCAAAGCGAGCCAUCAGGACGCUUAGACCUGACCGACGAAAGGCGUCUUCAGCUUCUGCAGCAGAGUGUGUCAAAGUCCGAGGGAUCAGCUCAGGUGAAAGACCUUGAAGUUAUGAAGGAUGAAGAUAUUCUCCGAUUGUAUUUGCGAUCAACUCGGGAAAGCUUUGCGCAGGGGUUUGAAGCGACACUACAGGAUGGCAGGGUGAUGUGCACGGACUGGGGUUUUCGAAUAGAGGAUAUUCGUCCCGACCUACCCGUUCAGCUGUGGUACGGGAAGCUCGAUACUUUCGUUCCACUCAAUCAUGGUGUGCAAAUAGCCGCACGGUUAGGUGGUAGAGCGCAUCUUAGAGUGGAGGAUGAGACACACGCAAGCAUUUCAGGACAAAGGAUGAAGGGAGAGAUAUUGAGGGAUUUGGUUAGGAGCACGUGAGGCCUGGAUCAAGUCUAUACUGCAUUUGUGUGUCAAGGGAAUCGCAUCUCAGUCAAGUCUAGUUCUUGAGCUAGUCAAUCCAGAUAUCGCCACACUCGUGAAGAACCGCUGAAAUUGUGCGACUCCGCAAAGGGGGCGUCAGACACAGUAAGGUGCGAAGCAGGGCCGAAGGGGAUGAGAUGAUUCAGGCAGCUGAUAAUUCUUCUCCAUUAUACUGUCUUGGUUAAUACAGCUUGCGUCGAUCCAAACAACUCAAGGUUGCUUAGCUCCCGCGUCUGCCAAAGCCACUGCCACAGGUUUCCC